AUUUAAUUUUUUAGAUCUCUCUCUCUCUCUCUCUCUCUGCGAGAAAGUACACCCACCUUUGCCCAGUACUCUCCCUUUCUCCGAAUCCAUUUAUCGUUGUUUAAACCCCAAACCCAGUGAGUUUUCAUUUCCAGAGGAUCUAACAAGAUACUGUUUUUAUGGAUGAGAACAAGGACAAGGAUUUAUGUGUGAAAAGUGUUUCUGAGUCUGCUACUACUGUGAUAGUUAGUGAGCAUGUAGCUAGUGGGAAACUAGUUGAGGGGUCUUUGUCUGAGGGAGUAGGGGAUGGUGGGGGUUGCAAUGGGGGUGAUGAUAUUAUGGUGGAGGUUUUGGGGUCUGAUGUGUAUGUAGAUGGUGUUUGUACUGGUGGGGAGGCGGGACGGGGCAUGGUGGUGGAGGAAGAGACGGGCUUAGAGGGAGGUGUUAAAUCAUUGGAGGGAGAUGUUGUAGUUAGUGAAUUGGGUUUAAAGGGAGGGGAAGUGUCAAAUGUUGGAAGCAAGACUGAGGUUGAAGGAUCUUCAGGGGUAGUGGAGUCCCGAGAGGAAAGAACCCCAAUUGACAUGGUGGAGGAGGUUGGGGUUGUGGUGAGGGAGGAGGGGAAUAUAGAGGGAGGAGCAGUCGAGGGUGCUGUGGAAAGAGGGAAGGAAAUGGGUGGGAGUGGUAAUGGAAUUGAUGAUGUGACAUCACGGGACGUCGGAGCUUUGGAUGACAAAGAUCGAAAUGCUGUAAUUGUAAGUGGGGUUAGUGGUUCUUUGUCAGUUGUGGGUUCCACAUGUGAAGAAACAAAAGUUGUUCACGUAGAGGAAAUUGUUGUGGUUGCCAGGGAGGAGGGUUUAGAGCAAGAAAUGGCUGAGAAGGGUGCAGAUACAGGUAGGGAAGAAGUUGGUGAUGGAGGUGAUUCUAUUGAGGAUAGGAAUUCACAGGAAGUUGGGGUUUCGGAUGAUAAAGCAAGGAAUGCUAUUAUAAUUGAAAAUGGGGCUAGGGAUUCUUCUGUUUCUGUGGAUAUAGAGAGAGGAUUGGUUGUGGAUGGUGCUGAGGAAGGUGGGGAGUUGGCUGAGGAUGGGGUUGAUGCAGCCAAUAAAUUGAAGAAACAAAAAGUUGGUGUUUUGGGUGACGAAGUUUGGAAUCCUGGAAUUAAUGCUACUGUUAUAUGUACUUCAACAAUUGUGAAAAAUUCAAGUUUACAGACCCUAGUUGUUGAGGAAAAAUCCUCAGCGGCAGUUAGUGUGGAGGGAUUGAAUCCCAAAGUUGAUGCUUCUGGCACUAGUGAUUUGGAAGGUGUUGUUUCUAGUUCUGGAAGAGAUCAAAGUUCAAUGGUAAGGACAAUCUGUGGAGGAACAGAAAAAGAUGUUGUAAAUCCCAAAUCAUUGGAUGAAGAAAGCAAAUGUUCUGCUACAGGGGAAGUUGUAGGAAGGGAUAAAGAAGAUGUCUUGCAUUCCAAAGUUGAAGGAAUGGAAACUGCUGCUUUUGACAAAAAAUCUAUUCGUUCAGUGGAGGAGCAGCAGAAAAAGGUUGAAAAAGUGGGUGGGAGCUUUGAAAAUCACAGUCAUGUAUCUUCUGAUCCAGUAUCUUCACAUCUGUCAAAUCAAGUAGUUGUUAGAGGUGAUGAUAUGGUAACGGAUGAUAAGGGUCCUUUGAACUCUGAAUCAGACCAGCAUUUUAAGCUUGAAGAAUGCAUAGACAAAAGCUCUGCUCAGGUUAAUUCAAAUAUAGGGCAAGAGAUGGAAGUUGACAAUGGUAUUGAUUCUGCGCCAGUUUGUUUACAUGCAGGAUUAGAAAAGGUUGAGCAUUUAGUAAAGGUUGAGACAAUUUGUAUGAGCACUGCAAGUCAUGGGAAUGUAUCUUCAGAUUCAACAUCAACUCAAGUAGCUAUUGUUGUGGAUACUGCAGCUAAGGAUGACAAGAUUUCAGUUCCAAAUGUUGAAGUUCCAAACACCGUUGAGAUGAAAUCGUCUUGCUCAGAAACUGCUCAAGUAAUCAACAGAAGAGAAACUGCUCUGGUGGACUGUGAAGCAGUCCAAGAUUCCAAUGUUGAAGUUCCAGGGUCUGCUGAAAAAGAUAAACCAUUGGAGUCUGAAGAAUGCUUAGAACAGGGUGUGGCUGGUGGUCUUUCUCAGCUUGAUUCUGAUGUAGGGCCAGAGACUGAAGUUAAACCACAGGUUGUCAAUGCUGAAUGUGCAGAUGUGGCGUCCUCAGACCAGCGAACUCAAGUAGUCACUGAAGUUGAAGCUGAAGCUGAUGUGGCAGCAGUGGAUGGAAAUGGUCUUCUAAAUCCAAAUGUUGAAAUGGAUAUCCAAGUCAUUGACAGAGGUGAAACUGUUCCAAUGGACACUGAGGAAAUUUUAAAUUCCAACAUUGAAGUAGGAGGAUCUGUGGGGUUUGAAGAGUGCUUAGACAGGAGCAUGGAAUGUGCAGAUGCAACAUCCUCAGACCAGCCAACUCAAGUUGUAGCUGAAGUGGCAGCAGUGGAUGGAAAUGUUCUUUUAAACCCAAAUGUUGAAACAGAUACCCAAGUCAUUGACAGAGGGGAUAUUGCUCCGAUGGACACUGAGGAGGUUAUAAAUUCCAACAAUGAGGUACCAGGAUCUGUUGAGUUUGAAGAGUGCUUAGACAGUAGCAUGGGAUGUGCUGAUGCAACAUCCUCAGACCAGCCAACUCAAGUAGUUGCUGAAGCUGAUGCUGAAGUGGUAGCAUUGGAUGGAAAUGUUAUUUUAAAUCCAAAUGUUGAAACAGAUACCCAAGUCAUUGCUCCAUUGGACACUGAGGAGGUUUUAAAUUCCAACAUUGAAGUACUGGGAUCUGUAGAGUUUGAAGAGUGCUUAGACAGGAGUAUGGCUGGUGAUCUUGCUCAGGUUGACUCAAGACCUGGGCCACAGGUUGGAAUUGAAGGUCAAGUGAUGGAGGCUGAACAUGUUGGUUUUCAUGGAGAGCAGGAAAUUGAAGAUGAGGAAGACAAUACUGAUACUGAACAGUCAAAAGGCGACAAUGAGAAAUUUGUUAAACGUGCAGCUCUGAAUCCAGGAGGUACUGUUUCAGUUCAUCAAGCUAGUUAUCAGCUGCCACCAGAAAAUGAAGGUGAGUUCGUUGUAUCAGAUUUAGUCUGGGGUAAAGUGAGAAGUCAUCCAUGGUGGCCUGGGCAAAUAUUUGAUCCAUCGGAUUCAUCUGAGAAGGCAUUGAAACAUCAGAAAAAGGACUGUUUUUUGGUAGCAUAUUUUGGGGAUCGAACAUUUGCUUGGAAUGAAGCAUCUCAGUUAAAGCCCUUUCGAACACAUUUCUCCCACAUAGAGAAGCAGAGCAAUUCAGAAACAUUUCAGAAUGCUGUUGAUUGUGCUUUGGAAGAAGUCUCAAGACGAGUAGAGUUUGGGCUAGCAUGCUCUUGCAUACCAAAAGAUGCCUAUGACAAUAUUAAAUUCCAGGUUGUUGAGAACACUGGGAUCCGGCAAGAAUCAAGUACAAGAGAUGGAGUGGACAGAUCUGCAAGUGCUGAUUUCUUUGAACCUGAUAAAUUAAUUGAAUACACAAAAGCCUUGGCACAUUUCCCAUCUGGAGGCAGUGAUCGGUUGGAGCUUAUGAUAGCCAAGGCUCAGUUGCUGGCCUUCUAUCGUUUAAAGGGAUACUGUAGUUUGCCUGAAUUCCAAUUUUGUGGACAGUUGUUGGAAAAUGACACAGAUACUUCAGUUUCUGGGGAGAGAAUGCAUUCGAGUGAUGUGAGUGAGCACGCCACUACUCUUUAUAAGGAUGCUGAGCUAACUUCCUCUGGACAGGAGAUUUUGAAAAGCCGUAACAGCCCUUCCAAUAAACGUAAACAUAAUUUGAAGGAUGGUUUAUUUUACAAAAAGAAAGAGAGAAGCUUGUCAGAGUUAAUGAGUGGGGCGAUAGAUUCUUCAGAUGGUGAUAAUUUGUUGGAUGAAAAUACCACUGGUACUUUGGUUUCACCAUCCUCUGCCAAAAAACGGAAGGUUUUAGAUUACCAUGAUGACUAUGGGCCACAAGAAGGGAGGAAAACUAUUUCCUUUGCAAAAGUUUCAAAUACGACACCACCUCCUUUACCCAAGCCGUCCUUUAAAAUUGGUGACUGUAUCCGGAGAGUUGCAAGCCAACUGACUGGGUCUCCUUCUAUCCUGAAGUGUAACAGUGAGAAGUUCCAGAAGCUAGAUGGAAACUAUGAUAUAACUGCCGGGGAUGAAGCUGAUGUUUCCCUUCAAGAUUCUGAGGAUGCCCAAAGAGGGAGGAUGAUUGUUUCAACAGAGUAUUCAUCACUAGAUGAUUUGCUAUCACAAUUUCAGAUGGCUGCACAAGAUCCCCUGAAAGGAUACGGUUUCUUGAAUGUUAUUGUUAGUUUCUUCUCUGAUUUUAGGAAUUCAAUAGUAUCAGGCCAAUAUUCUGAGAGGGAGUUGUUGGCUACUGAUAAAGUCACUGGUAAAAGAAAAAAAGCAUCUCAUGCUGUUGCUGGGUCACCUGAAACAUUUGAGUUUGAGGAUAUGAGUGAUACUUACUGGACAGACAGGGUCAUCCAAAAUGGUUCUGAAGAGCAGCCUUCACGUAGAAACAAAAAGAGAGAGUAUCAAAUUGUCCCUGUUGAACUUAAACCCAUUCAAGUGAACCGUAGGCCAUAUUCCAGGAAGCGAUAUUCGGAAGGUAAUGAUGCUGUGGCAGCUGAGAAACCUGUUGGCUAUGUGGAUGAGAACUCACCGGCUGAAAUUCUUAUGAACUUCUCCGAGGUGAACUCUGUUCCUUCAGAAACAAACCUGAACAAGAUGUUUAGGCGGUUUGGACCUUUGAAGUUAUCUGAAACAGAAGUUGAUCGUGAUAUGAGCCGUGCUAGAGUGGUUUUUAAGAAGUCUUCUGAUGCAGAAAUUGCUUAUAGUAGUGCUGGAAGGUUCAACAUUUUUGGACCAACGGUAGUAAAUUACCAGCUUAACUACACUCCAUCUGCUCUCUUCAAAGCUUCUCCAAUGGACACAUCCCAGGACCAUGAGAUGCAACUUGAUCUUUCUUCUCUUGAAGUUAAUCUAGUUUGAAAAUUUCAGGGGAAGAGAGAUGCCGAAGAGAAAAGGUGGAUGUAAUGAUAUUGAUGAUGAUGCAUAGCACAUAAUUAUCUGAAUGAGCUGCUGAAGAAGGUAACCCAGACUGUUAAUUCAUCUGGUUAUCUCGUAAUUAUUCUGCUCUGGUUUCUUCUUGUUUUGUUUUUAUCCGAGAUGAGUAAUUUUGCUUUGCUCUGUAAGCUUUUGCAUGAUCCAUGUAAUGAUGUAAUCAUUGUACAGAAAUGUUAACUGACCUUUCCAAAUGAUUGUUAUCCUUGGCGGCUAUAAGAUUUUGGGUAUGGGUCAUGUUCUCUUAUUAUCAAAUAGGUCUCAUAUUUCUCUUUA